AAUCUGCAGACAACCAAAGAGAGAGCAUUGCCAAAUUCACGCUGCAUAACGUUCAAGUGCUGAGUUUGUUUUCUUCAGCAAAGAGUUAAAAUCACUGCAGAUUUGGCGGAAGGAGGAAACUGUGGAAUGAAUAGGAGACCUUUGUGCAGUGUGAGAAGGGUUCAAUGUUUUGUGUGAGCACUGUGUCAUUCGCUGUGCUGCAUCAAUCUUGGCUUCAUUCACUGGCACUUAUCUGGACUGAGUAGCACUCCAGUACCUGUGAUAUGCGAUGUUUUGCUAAUUACUGCCUCUCGAGAUUAAACCAACAGCUCUCUUUGCUGCCCCGCAAGUGUUGUACUAGUGAAAAGCAGCUGCUUUGUUGACGUGAGGUGAGCGUUUUGAUUCGGCACCAUUAACGAAAAAAAUGCAAGUCUCAAUUGCUUGUACCGAUCAUAAUUUGAAGGCACGGAACAAUGACGAGAGGCAUAAGCAGAACCCCAGUAGCCCGAAAUUAGGCAAUGGAGCCCGUGCAAAAUUCCGGACGGUUGCUAUCAUUGCCCGAAGUCUGGGACACUUCAUACCUCAGCAUCACAUCUCUCUGAAGGAGUCAACAGCUAAACAGACAGGAAUGAAAUAUAGGAACCUGGGAAAAUCAGGACUUCGAGUAUCUUGCUUAGGACUUGGAACCUGGGUGACAUUUGGAGGUCAGAUUUCAGAUGAGGUGGCUGAGCAGCUAAUGACAAUUGCCUAUGAACAUGGAAUUAAUCUCUUUGAUACAGCAGAGGUGUAUGCAGCUGGCAAGGCAGAAGUCAUACUUGGAAACAUCAUCAAAAAAAAGGGUUGGAGACGAUCAAGCUUGGUGAUAACAACGAAGCUAUACUGGGGAGGAAAGGCUGAGACUGAAAGAGGCCUUUCUCGAAAACACAUUAUUGAAGGUUUAAAGGCCUCUCUGCAAAGAAUGCAGCUUGAGUAUGUUGAUGUUGUGUUUGCCAAUCGACCAGACACCAACACCCCAAUGGAAGAGAUUGUCCGAGCAAUGACAUAUGUGAUAAACCAAGGAAUGACCAUGUAUUGGGGAACAUCCCGCUGGAGUGCCAUGGAGAUUAUGGAGGCCUACUCAGUAGCAAGACAGUUCAAUUUGAUCCCUCCAGUCUGUGAGCAAGCCGAAUAUCAUAUUUUCCAGAGAGAGAAAAUUGAGGUCCAACUCCCUGAGCUUUAUCACAAAAUUGGAGUUGGAGCAAUGACCUGGUCUCCCCUUGCGUGCGGAAUCAUCAGUGGAAAGUAUGAUAUUGGAGUACCUGAGAGUUCAAGGGCUUCAUUAAAGGACAAAGUGGCAUAA